AUGUCCAACCCAGAACCAUCGACAGCAGCAGUAGUUGAUGAUCUAGAAGUAGAGUCAGCAUCUCAACCUGUGCAACCAAAUGAAGAUAAAACACCAUCUACAUCAGACAACGAGUCACCACCAAUAGCGACGGUAGCAACAGCAACAGCAACAGCAAUACCUCAGACAAAUUCAAAUGAAUCUAAAGAAAAAGAUUUUCAUUUGAUUAAGUGGAUCGAGUUCAAUUUCGAACGAUUGCCUAUUUUAUUACAAAACUUAAAUGGUCCUUGUCCUCUCCUUGCCAUUUUCAACAUUCUUCUGUUAAGAAAACGAAUCGUCAUCAAACCAAAUAUGGAUGCAAUAACAACAGAACGAGUGAUCACAUUAUUAGCUGAACAUAUUCUCGAGCAUAAACAGCCGAAUUUAUCCGAAGAAGAUCAAAUCAAUUACGAACACAACGUUCAAGAUGCAUUAGUCGUACUCGAUAAAUUAAAAACAGGUUUAGACGUGAAUUUGAAAUUCGAUGGUGUAGAUAAAUUUGAAUACACACCGGAAUGUAUUAUAUUCGAUCUACUCAAUAUUCAGCUAUUUCACGGAUGGGUCAUCGAUCCACAAGAUACUGAAUUGCGUACGAUUGUUAAUUCCGAUGCGCCAAGUUAUAAUCAAUUAGUAGAAAAAAUGAUUCGAGAACGAACGUCCGAACGAGAGGAAUUAGUUCGAGAAAGUUUAUUAAUUGAACAAUUUCUUGAUGAAAAUCGUUCUCAACUAACACAUUAUGGUAUUCUUCAACUAAAUCAAACAAUGCGUGAUAAUCAAUUGGCAGUUUUCUUUCGUAAUAAUCAUUUUAGUACAAUAUGGAAGAACCAAAAUCAACUGUUGGUACUUGUUUCCGAUCAAGGAUACUUAGAUCAUCGAUCGAUUGUCUUUGAAACGUUGACGGAUGUUGAUAACGAUAGUUUAUUUACAGAUGGUUAUGGUCGAAUAUGGCGAAAACCAGAGCCAGUCGAUUCCUCACGAGACCGUGAUCUAGCCUUAGCUCUUCAUAAUGAAGAAGAACGUUUAUAUCAUCAAACGCAACAACAACAACAACAACAACAGCAAUCUCAUGGAAAUUCUGCUCAAUUACCUCGAUCACCUUCCAAACAACCGAAGAAAUCGAAGAAUAAGCAAAGGGGAUCACCAAACGAUGAUGAUGAUAAAGGAUCAUGUACUAUAUCUUAG